AUGUUGACCCCACUGUUUUCGCUUACUCAAACUGACGAAGAGCUCACACUGAAACUCCACAUCCCCCUGGCCGAUCUAAGCAAUUCUGAGUUCCUUCUUGAAGAUGGGGUGGCCUAUUUCUCUGCACCGCCCUACUAUUUACGACUUGAACUUCCGGGCUCGGUCGUUGAAGACGAUGAUCACAUCGAGUUCAACCUCGAUGCUGGCGACAUGUUCAUUUCAAUGAAGAAGAAAACUCCUGGCGAACACUUCGAUGACUUGGAUCUUCUUUCAAAAUUAAUGGUCAAUUCCCAGUCUUCAAAGAGCGUUUCCAAACCAGGCAUUCAGGAAUUGGAUUUAAAUAUUACGCCAGAAGGUGAAACCGAGUAUGAUUGGUUUGUUGAACCGCCAACAGCUGAACACGAUGACGACGACGAUGUCACCUCUACUGAGGGUGAUCUCGAAGUAGGGAUAAAGCAUCCAUAUGGAUUUGCAGGCUCAAAGAAUGGGCUAUGUGGUGAUAAGCCCGAAAUUUGUUUACCAAUCGAUUUGCCAAACCCCGAUUUUUGUCCUCCUGAGAAGCGUCAUAAAUUGCAACUACAAUCUGUAAAGGAUCACUUUGAUCCGGAGCAUUAUAUUGCCGACUUUUGCGAAACCGAGGCCACAGCCGGAGCACUCAGUAACUUCGCCCCGUGGUUGGCUGAAGAGGGCGACCGUCCCACCUUCACCGAUGACCAUCGAUAUCGAUUGACUGUGCUCUCCACCCACCCUCUGCCUCUCCUUCCUCCGCUCCCCUCUCCAGCCGAUCCGACCAAUCACGUUGAGGGGACAAGGACAUUCGUGUACCUGGGUCUUGCUGAUCUUCUCCUCGCUUACACCCACGACUACUACGUUCGAGAGGGCGAUGACAACUCGGAAUCUGCGUGGAUUAUCGCCAAGGUGGCCGCAACUUUGUCCUGGCUCGAGUUUUUCCCCAAUGUAAAAAUUCUUUUGCGGUCUUUCUAUGAACGAGCGCUCUCCUACCCGCUGAUUCGGAAUUGGCGGCUCUGUCGCAAGGUCCAAGCUGACGUUGGCGCUCUCUUUCAACACAAACAUGCUAAAUCAUGGAUUCUCUUCGUCCUGCUGGAAAUCCGCCGUCUCCUCAUUGAUUACACCGGCUACUACAUAUUUGUUGACCUCUUCCUUGACGAUUACAUCGUGUGGCUUCAAAAAUCCGCGAGACUUGACGAUUCGGUAGUCAUGGGGUUACGUUAUCUUCUCCAUCGGUGUCAUGUGCUCGUGGCUUUGUUUUAUCUUCUCUCUAGCACCUACGUUUUAAAUCACUUGGGAGCGGCCAUCGAAUCGUUGGAAAUGAAAAAAUCGGAUGUUAAUUUGCCACUUCAAGUGCUGGAGGAUUUGAGCGCCGAAAUUUUGGAGUCGGAGAAGCUGACGAAGAAUCUGGGAGAGAUCACCUUGAAAUCAUAA